AUGAGAAAGGUUGUAAUCGACUGCGACCCGGGCAUCGACGACGCCAGCGCGCUGCUGCUGGCGCUCGCGCCGGGAAACUUGGACGUCAGGGCCAUCACCACCGUGUCGGGCAACCUUAGGGCCAGCUCCUGCACCCAAAACCUCAAGAAAGUGCUAUCCAUGAUCAACCGGCUGGACGUGCCCAUCGGACAAGGUCCUGAAAAGCCUCUCGUGCGCAAAUACCCGCGCGACCCGUUCUCGCAUGGGUCCGACGGCCUGGGCGACCUGGGCAUGCCAGAGCUGUCCACAGAGCCGUGGGACGCUACCGGGAACAGCGUCGCUGUGGCGAGCGACCUGAUCGUUGACACCGUUAAUAAGCAUGCGGGCAACAUCAGCAUCGUUUGCCUGGGCCCGCUGACGAACCUGGCGCUUGCCCUGAUCAAGGACCCGGAGUUGCCCCGGAAAGUGGAGAAAGUGAUCAUUAUCGGGGGCUCGUUUGGAUUCUCGCCGUCGGAGGCCCUGCACGCGACGGGCGACAACCCGGUGAGCGAGUGGAACAUCUACGUGGACCCGGAGGCAGCAGAACUUGUGUGGGGGGCCAAGUUCAACCUGACUGCCAUUGGCAUGGACAUAUUCUGUCAGCCUUGCAUCGCGAUGACGCAGAAGUACCAGGACAAGCUGGCCAAGUCGAAGUCUCCGGCGGCGACAUUUGUGCUUGGCGUGCUUGCGUGGCUCAGACGCCGCGGCUUCGGCGACUACUGCGCCCUUAUAGACUCGCUGGCGGUGGCAUACGCCAUCGACGAGUCCAUCAUGAAAACCGAGAAAGUCGACUGUCUGGUGGAGACCAAGUCGGACAUCGCGCUCGGCCAGAUCGUGGUGGACCGCCGCAAAAACUUCAAGUGGCAGGACCUGCCCCAAAUCGACGCCGUGGCCAGUGUGGACGGUGAAAAAUAUCUCGCCAUAUUGACCGACGGUUUUACCAAAUAUUAA